AAAUGUCUGUGCCGGACAUUUUGCUGGUUGAGUUGGAAUUGCUUUAAGCAAUGACAAUGAGCACACCUCGCCGUUUAAGUCUUCAAGACUAAUUCGGUCAUAGGAGAAAACCAAAGAUUUACAACGAGUGGCAAUUCCGUCACAGUAAAUUAACGGACGCUUCUGUUUGAACUCCGACGAAUCUGCUCGUCGACGGGGCCAGACUCCGACGGCAGAGAGAGACAGAUCAAGUGAGCUCACGAGACAUGGCCACUACUGCUGAUAAAGACGGCAACGAUGAUCGUGUCGCUCGAAUUUCAUCUGCCAUUCGAGUCAUCCAAGACUUCCCUAAACCCGUGAUUAUGUUUCAGGAUAUAACGACGUUGCUUCUUGAUCCCAAGGCUUUCAAGGACACCAUUGAAUUGUUUGUUGAGAGGUAUAAAGACAGAGAUAUCAAUGUUGUUGCAGGUAUUGAAGCAAGAGGUUUCAUAUUUGGCCCUCCCAUUGCAUUGGCUAUCGGGGCAAAAUUUGUCCCCAUGAGAAAACCCAAGAAGUUGCCUGGCAAGGUAAUUACCCAAGAGUAUUCUUUGGAGUAUGGAACAGACAAAAUGGAGAUGCAUGUAGGAGCUGUACAAGAAGGAGAACGUGCACUUGUAGUGGAUGAUCUCAUCGCAACUGGAGGGACCUUGUGUGCUGCUAUUAGGCUACUUGAGCGGGUGGGGGUGCAUGUGGUUGAGUGUGCUUGUGUUAUUGAACUGCCAGAACUGAAGGGUCGGGACCAGUUAGGAGACAAGCCGUUUUUUGUUCUUGUAUCCUGUUGGCUCGGAUUGGUUGAUUGA